AGAGCAGUUCAUUAUCACAUAGACACGCAGGCACCACAUCCUCUGUGUCCCACACGAUAAACAUCUUUGCAUCCCGGGAGAAUGCAUUUCCACCACUCGAUCACAAUGUGGGCAAUUGCCCUCAUUAUCUAUGCCAAUAUUGUAAGUCCCUCAUUCCUGUAUAGUGCGACAAAGGAAUCAACAUUAGAUAGAUUGUCGGUGCCCUUCCAGUCCCAGAGCCAUGCGGAGGGUAUCCGUGCCUUACUUUCGGCAACAGCGCGGCUUUGGAUGUUGAAGCUUCUGAGUGAGCGAGGAAUGUUCAAGGGUCCGAACAAAAGAUGCGGAUCGAAUGGAAUUUAAACUAGAGUAUUAAUGGCUGUUCUCAUCCAGAAUCAUCCACUCCAUUAAUUACCUCCCCCGUACAUU